AUCUUGACUGACUGAAGUUCCUGUACGUUUGAGAAAGCAGCCCACUCUAUAACCCCGUUAAAGAGACAGGAGUGUAUAUUUUCACUCUCUACAGCUGCAGGAAGGAUGCGUAUCACUUUAAAACCCGCAUGACAGUUUGUAGAAGUGAAAGUGGGCCGUGUGUAAGUUUGUACUGUUCGGGGCUUUCGACCUUAAGCCGGGGCGGGCGGGUAGGCAGCUCCGCCGUUCACAGAGACAAUUGGCUGCUCUCUUCUACGCUUUUCUCCGCGUGGCCCAAACACAGCAGACAGCGCGCGCACACACACACACACACACACUGACACACACAAACACGCACACGUUAUGUGGCGUGAGUGUGCGCGACGCUACAGGAGCCCAAAGUCCCUCGGUCCGUGGUGCAGUCUCUUAUCGGAAUGUUUGAAGAUUAACGAGGUUAUCCGCGUCCUGUAGACCACAAGCUACUGCCAGCGGUACACCGUGCGGGCCAGGAAGCGGACAGAGCAGGCGCGCAGCGUGUCGAAGGCGGACUGGGAAGAAGGAAGUCACCGCUGUAGCUGCAUCGGACAACGUCAGAGAACGGAACCAUGACGGAGAAACGGAUGUCGCGGUGGUAUUUCGGUGGGCUGGCGUCUUGCGGAGCAGCAUGCUGCACACAUCCCCUGGAUCUGCUCAAGGUACACCUGCAGACACAGCAGGAGGUGAAGAAGAGGAUGAUGGGGAUGGCCGUUCAUGUGGUGAAGAACGAUGGUGUGCUGGCUCUUUACAAUGGCCUCUCUGCCUCCCUUUGUAGACAGAUGUCCUAUUCCCUCACCAGAUUUGCCAUCUAUGAGACAGUAAGGGACAUGAUGGGCAGCACAAGCCAGGGCCCCAUGCCCUUUUACCAGAAGGUCCUGCUGGGAGCCUUUGGAGGUUUCACUGGUGGGUUUGUUGGCACGCCGGCAGACAUGGUGAAUGUCAGGAUGCAGAAUGACAUGAAACUACCUCCAGAACUGAGGAGAAACUACAAACAUGCCAUCGAUGGGCUCUUCAGAGUCUUCAGAGAAGAGGGUGUGAGGAGACUGUUCUCAGGAGCCACCAUGGCGUCCAGCAGAGGAGCGAUGGUCACUGUGGGACAGUUGGCGUGUUAUGACCAGGCCAAGCAGCUCGUGCUGGGAACAGGCAUCAUGGGAGAUAACAUACUCACACACUUUCUUUCCAGCUUCAUCGCUGGAGGCUGUGCUACAUUAUUGUGCCAACCUCUGGAUGUUCUAAAGACCAGGCUGAUGAGCUCAAAGGGAGAGUACACAGGGGUGACGCAUUGCUUACGAGAAACUGCCAAGCUUGGUCCGCUGGCAUUUUACAAGGGCCUGGUCCCCGCAGGGAUCCGCUUGAUUCCUCACACAGUGCUCACCUUCAUCUUCCUAGAGCAGCUCAAGAAAAACUUCGGCAUCCGCAUCAUCUCCUGAGCACACUGUGUGACCAAGCAGCCGCUCUUCAAGACCCCCCACACA